CGUAACGGACUAGUUCUCGAACGUUCCAGCUCGACGGACGCCAUUUUGAACCACACCAACGACAACAGAGAAGACGGAGGAAAUAAAUUCGUUUAUCAUCGAGUACUGCUAUUAUUUAGAGGACUUUCUUAAGCCAGAUGAGACCGAUAAGAUUGCGCUCUCUCUGGCUGAGAGAGGUGAGUCUGGAGGAGAGAAUGGAGAACAGAAAGAGACACAGACGAGACUCGCACAGCAGCGAGAGAGAAAAUAAAUACAGAAAAAAACACCAUCACCGCAAGAACAGCGAAGGGCAUUACCUUGUGACAAGGAGCUCAAAUGAAAGGCUGGAAGCUAAAGACAGGCGAGCUGUAUUCAGAGACCAUGAGGAUGACAGCCGAGGUGCUUGUAAAGACAAAGAGAGAGACCGAGACCGGGACAGAUCCAGGUGCCGUGAUAGAGACCGGGGCCGGGAGCGUGACCGAGACUGGCACCAUUACAGCAAAUGCUCUGGCAACAGCAGGCGGAGCAGCCGGCACAGACACCGGCACCGUCGCUCGCACCAUCACUCUGACUCGAGGAGCCAUCGCAGGAAAAGAUCCAGGAGUAUUGAGGAUGAUGAGGAGGGGCACCUGAUCUAUCACAGUGGAUACAUGCUGAGAGCAAGAUAUGAGAUUGUGUGCACACUUGGAGAGGGAGCCUUUGGUAAAGUGGUGGAGUGCAUUGAUCAUGAAAAGGGAGGAGCUCGCAUUGCGCUGAAGAUAAUUAAAAACAUUGAGCGCUAUCGUGAUGCGGCUGUGUCUGAGGUUGAGGUGCUGGAGCAGAUUAACUCACUUGACUGUGACAGAAGAUAUGCUUGUGUGCGGAUGUAUGACUGGUUUGAUCACCACGGACACAUCUGCAUUGCCUUUGAGCUGCUGGGCUUGAGCACGUAUGAUUUUCUGAAGGAAAAUAUCUUUCAGCCCUUCUCUAUGAACCACAUCAGGCACAUGGCCUACCAGAUCAUCAGAGCAGUCAGAUUUCUUCACAAGAAUAAGCUGACACACACUGACUUGAAACCAGAGAACAUCCUCUUUAUUAAUUCAAAGUUUGACAUCAAGUACAAUCCAAAAAUGAAGAGGGAUGAGAGAACGCUGAUGAAUCCUGAUGUGAAAGUAGUUGAUUUUGGGAAUGCAACAUACGAGCAUGAGCAUCACACGUCUGUGGUGUCCACUCGACAUUACCGAGCUCCAGAGGUUAUUCUGGAUCUAGGCUGGAGUCAUUCCUGUGACGUGUGGAGUGUGGGUUGCAUUCUUAUCGAGUAUUAUCUGGGAUCGACUCUAUUUCAGGUCAUUAUCCUCACGCAUGACAGUAAAGAGCAUCUGGCCAUGAUGGAGCGAGUGCUUGGCCCUAUACCGACACACAUGCUGCAGAAAACAAGGAAGAAGAGAUACGUUCACCAUGAUAAGCUUGACUGGGACGUUCACAGCUCCUCGGGCCGUUAUGUUAGGAAGCAGUGCAAACCGCUGAGACAAUACAUGGCCUCCAGUAGCUCUGACCAUGUACAGCUGUUUGAUCUCAUAGAGAGGAUGCUGGAAUAUGACGUCACGAAGCGGAUCACCCUGGAUGAAGCCAUCACCACACCCUUUUUUCGUCUCGAUGAGGAAGACCAAGAAAUAAGUGAUGGAUUCUCUUGAUUUUUGCUAUUGUUCCUCUCUGAGAGAGGCCGUUUCAGUUGACUGUAUCAGUCCUCUGUAUAGAUCAUACACUGCCCUCUUCUUGUUUAUAUUUAUUGUGCUUGUUUUUCCAGUUUAGGGUAUGUGACCUAUUGCUCUUGAGUUCUUCAUUGAUUUGUGCUUGUGUUAUCGGCAUCACAUGACAGAAUAAUGUGUAACUGUGAAGGGGCAAGGUUUUAGGGUAUUAAACAUGUACGAUAAUUGUCAUAGAUUUGUUAGCAUUAUCAAUAUAAACGUAGUGAUAAUUGUAAUUCGUAUUUGAUGUCUUUUCAGUUUUUCCUUGAUUUUUAAAUAAAAUCGGUUCAUGAUCAGUA